AUGGGCAACGUUGUCUCAGUCUUUUCACCCGGCAACGGUCACCAGCUUGAGGGGUCCGCUGCAGAACUCGAGCAGAAGCUUGCCGACCGCGAGGAGACCAUCACUGUCCUCGAGGAGGAUCUCUCAAAGAAGGAGAAGCAGUACAACUCCCUUUCCGAGGAGGCCGAAGACCUGCGCAAAAAGAUUCAGGACCUCGACUCCCAAUUGACCUCGUCCAAGCAAGAGAACAAGUCUCGCAUCGCCACUCUCGAGUCCGAGCUCGCCACCAGCAACGACAAGAUCAACCACCACCUCCAGGCCAACGGCGACGCCAACACCCAGCGCGCCCAGGAGCUUGAUACCGCAAACAAGAAGCUUGCUGCUCUCCAGGAGCAGCUUGACAAGGUCCAGCAGGAAAAGAAGGCUCUCGAGGAUGAUCUCGCCGCCGUGAAGGAGCAACUGGCCGAGGCCAAGAAGGAGCGCGAGACCCUCGAGGUCUCCCUCCGCGACGAGCUCAAGGCCCUCCAAGAGCGCCUGACCGAUGCCGACCAGGCCCGAUUCACCCUGCAGGAGACCCUCGACAAGAUCAAGGCCGAGGCCGAGUCCGCGACCAAGUCUCUUGGCGAGAAGGCGGCCGCCCUCGCCGCUGCCGGUAGCAAAUACACCGCCCUUCAGCAGGCUCUCGACAAGCUGAAAGCCGACACCGAUUCCGACCUUGCCGCUGCUAAGAAGGAGUUGAGUGAUGCCCAAGAAAAGUUCACUGCCCUCCAGCAAUCCCACGACGAUCUCCAGAGCGGCUCCAGCGCCAACGUAUCUGCCGCCCAGAAGGAUCUCACCGAUGCCCAAGACAAGCUAGCCGCCCUUCAGCAGACCCUUGACCAGCGCAAAACCGAGGCUGAUGCGGACCUCGAGGCCGCCAAGAAGGAGCUGCUCGAAGCCCAGACCAAGUUCACCGAGCUCGAGGAUAAUCACAACAAGCUCAAGGUUGGUUCCGAGGAGCAGGUCGCCGCCACCAAGAAGGAGCUUGCCGAAGCGCAGGAGAAGGUUGCCGGCCUUCAACAGACCCUCGAUGGCCUCAAGUCCGAUUCCGCAUCUGUCUUGUCGUCCACCCAGAAGGAGCUCGCCGACGCUCAGGAGAAGCUCACUGCCCUCCAGCAGACCAACGACAAGAUCAAGGCCGAGGCGGACGCAGAGCUGGCGGCUGCCAAGAGCUCCCUCGUCGAGACCGAAGACAAGUACGCCAAGUUGCAGGAGUCUAGCAAGGCAGAGCUUGAGUCUGCCAAGAAGACCGUUGCCGAGUGGGAGGACAAAUACAACAAGCUGGAGCAGUCGCACAAGGAAGCCCAGUCCGCCUCUAGUACUGAGCUUGAGUCUGCAAAGAAGACCCUGGCUGAGUCCGAAGAGAAGUACACCAAGUUGCAGGAGGCUCACGAUGCCGAGCUUGCGGUUGCCAAGAAGAGCGUUUCCGACUGGGAGGAGAAGUACACCACGUUGGAAAAGGCUCAGACGGAAUCGCAGUCGGCUGCCAGCGCUCAGCUGGAAUCCGUAAAGAAGAGCUUGGCGGAGUCCGAGGAAAAGUACAAGACAUUGCAGGAGGCACAAGCACAGACCCAGUCGGAAUCUAGUGCAGAGUUGGAGGCGGCCAAGAAGAGUGUCGCAGAGUGGGAGGAGAAGUUCAACACCCUUAAGCAGACACAGGAGAAGUCCCAGUCUGAGAGCAGCGCUGAAGUUGACGCCGCCAAGAAGACGGCUGCCGAGUGGGAGGAGAAGUACACCGCCUUGCAGCAGGCCCAAGAGAAGGCUGCCUCUGACUCCCGUGCUGAGGUUGAUGCCGCAAAGAAGAGCGUCGCGGAGUGGGAGGAGAAGUUCAACGCCCUCAAGCAGACACAGGAGAAGGCCCAAGCCGAGUCCAGCGCUGAAGUUGAGGCCGCGAAGAAGAGUGGUGUGGAGUGGGAGGAGAAGUACAAGGUCCUCCAGGAGACUCAUGACAAGGCACAGUCCGAUGCCGGAGUUGAGCUCGCUUCAGUCAAGCAGAGCUUGGCUGAUGCCGAGACCAAGCACAAGUCGCAGCAAGAGUCCCACGAGAAGGCCAAGGCCGACUUCGAGGCGGAGCACACUACCACCAAGAAGACUCUCUCCGAUCUCGAAGAGAAGCACACCUCCCUGCAGCAAACUCACGACAAGACAAAGACCGACUCAGCCGAGGAGGCCUCGCGCCUGAGCAAGGAGCUGGCAGACUUGCAGACCAAGUAUGCCGACCUCGAGAAGUCUAGCGAGAGCGUCAAGAAGGACGCAUCUACCGAGCUCGAGAGCGCCAAGAAGGACGCUGCCGGCUGGCAGGAGAAGGCCGAGAAGUCGACCUCUGCUGUCGACACUUUGACCAAGGACCUCGAGGCCUCCAAGAAGGAUCUGGCUGCCGCGGAGGCGAAGCACGCCGCCGAGCUGCAGAAGCUGCGCGAGGAGCUCACAAAGGCUGCCAGCGUCAACGGCGACAAGCCUGCCGCUGAGCCUGCAGUGGAGGAGGCGAAGCCCAAGGAGGAGGCUGUUGCUGCAUAA